AUGGCAUCGCUGGUGCGCCAUCUAUGCUGUUUCGGCUCACCAUCUUCCAAAUCGACCAAUUCGAGGGAGGAAGCCGUCGCUCUCGAGAAGAAACCAGGGAACAGUCGACAGUCAUCCGAGACCGAGUUCGACCUGUAUAUCGAUGAAGGAAUCAACCUCCAAGAGAAGCUGUGGCAGGCAGCGGUCAGCGAUAAGUCACAAUGUAUCGCGAUCAGCCAGCGACAGAGCCUGGGAACUUUUACCACGGCCAGCUACGAGAGUUCGCUCCAGAGUCUGCGCGGCAAAUGUCGCUCGAAUUCGCUCUCGCGAUACCAGCCCCAUGUCGAGAGGGUGCUCGGUGGAAUCAAGCCCUUUGUCGGCGCCUUGAAUACAAUGGUCUCGUCGCAUCCGGAGGUCGCAGGUCUGGUUUGGGGCGCGACUCAGAUUGUCCUAGAGGGUGCCCUCCGCUACACUUCGAUUUUUGAAGAGAUCAGCCGAAUUAUUGAAGAUCUGGCGCAGGUUCUUCCACGAUUCGGGGCGUUCCUGGAUAUCCUGCGGACCCCGAAGUUGCACACGGCGCUCCGAGAGGUGUACUGCAUUUACAUCGACUUUUGCUCGGUGGAAACCAAGCGCCUCUUGAGUCGGUCCAAAGUAACCUUCGAAGAUGAGGUACAGCUCGCAAUCGUCCAGGUUGAAGCGGCGCGCCACCAGGAACUCUUGUUGCGAUUGCCGCAUGGCAAAGAAGACCCCGACGAGCCAGUUACUCAAGGUCUCCUCGCACAGAAUCCUCGGUUCACAGGACGGAAAGCCAUUCUAGAAAGGAUACACAGUCGUUUGGAUCACAGUGGCGAAACGUCACCCGAAGACUGUCGAAUGCGAUCAUGUACCGUCCACGGCAUUGGAGGAAUUGGAAAAACCGAAACAGCCCUAGAGUAUACCUACCGGUACCGGUCUUAUUACACACAUAUUUUUUGGUUCCGAGCCGAUUCGAGCUCAGAUUUGCUCGACUCAUUCUUGAAAAUGGUAACGACCUUGGGACUAGGCAAGGAGGAUAUGUCGUCAGAGAAACUGGUUGCCGAGGGACUGAGGUGGUUGAGCAACACAACUGCCAGAUAUCUUCUCAUCUAUGACAAUGCAGAAGAGCCGCGGACCAUCCUUCCUUUCUGGCCCAGUGGAGUGCACGGCACUGUUCUGGUGACCAGCCAAAACCCGGGUUUAAGCGAUAUCACUUCGUCUGCGGUCGAGCUUACCUCGAUGACUCCUGGCGAAGGCAGUUUGCUGAUUCAAAGUUAUUUGCAGAGAGGAAGGUCCGAACAGGCGGAGGCAAGAGCCCUCUGUGAAGAGCUUGGCGGACUUCCUCUUGCCAUUGCACACUUUGCAGGAUAUGUUGCAAAGUCUCAGUGCUCACUGCAACAAAUAUCAUCUUCGCUCCAAGAACGUCUCAAGUCAAGUCAGAUCUGGUCAUCGGACAGCGUGGCUUCGAGAGACAUGCAUGCGCGGACUCUCAGCACCGUGUGGGAUCUGGCGAUGCACAGACUGACGCCGGAUGCAUAUGAGCUUCUGCGUCUGUUGGCAUUUCUGAGUCCAGAUUCAGUCCCAGAGGAAAUGUUCAUUGGCCCCGGGCAGGAAGAAACAACUGAGGAAUGGGAUUAUUGGAGUGUUCACAAGUAUUGUUUACCCAGCUGUCCACGGAGUGACUCGGUGGCUAAUGGAAUCGUCAGGUUCAACGAAGCCGCCAAAGUCCUUAGAGAACGCCACCUUGUCGAUCGACUAAGAAUGAACGAUGGCAGCGCAGCAAUCAAGAUUCACCGAGCUCUGCAGCGAAGCAUUCUCCACAAGCUUGAUCAGGAUCCAACACUACGGCAGCAUGUAUUCGAUACCGCUGUCUCGAUUGUGCGCAGGGCCUUCCCACUUCAGAGUCUGGCCAAGAAGGGAGAUACCAGCCAGUGGCCCGCGAACAAGAAAUUCCUUCCUCAUGUCAACAGCCUCAACACCUGUGUUACGCAGGCUGACCCGCCGAUGGGCCAUAACCUCACGUUAGCCGAGCUCGAACGGGAUGCCAGCUGGUUCUUGCUGAACUGGGAAGUUCGUCCUACUGCCAUCCCAUUGCUGGAGGGAGCGGAAAGGAUCUGUCGUGGAAUGAUCGCCACAGAAAACCCCAAGAUUGCUUCAAUCUAUGCUGAUGUGCUCUGCACGAUGGCAUCCUAUGAUCAAUACGACGGCAUCGAGGGCCGAGAGCGUGGCCUGGAACGCACUGGGAUGGCAUGGGAAAUCCGCGAGAGAGAGUUCCUUGACAAGCCUACCGAAGAUGUUCAACCCGAGGACUACAUUAACCUCGGACGCACGUUGGGCGAUUACGGAUGCUGUUAUGCCCAAAUGGACCGUAUACACGAGGCUAAUGAAUGUUGGGAAAAGAUGCUCGGUUUCUACAAAAAGGCAGGCACGGAAAAGACCCUCACUGCGCGAUUUGGACAAGUAUAUGGAGACUUGGCGAUGGCGCGUGCCGCACAAGGCAGACAUGAGGAAGCAAAAGCAUACGCAAGGAAUAGUCUGCGGUUACUGGAGCAAGCGCUGGAUCCCGAAAACCAUUUCCGAGUCUUCACGACAUUCAUACUCGCUUUCUCGACGUUCGCUGCUGGUGACAUUGAGGAUGCUCUUCAAUUGCAUCGAGAUGCUCUCAGCCGGAACCUGGAAGACUUGGGUCCAUCACAUCAUCUCACCUUGGCUAGUCGUUACAAUGUGGCUGUGGGUUUGCAUAGAGUUGGGGAUCUCGAAGGAGCGGAGUGCGUUUUGUUCCCCAAGCGCUCCAGACAGGGAUCAAGCUGA